UUUAAAAUCUAAUCGAGAUUAUGUGUUAUUUGUCGAUAAAUAUAACAAAAAUAUAAAUAAAUUGUCAUCGUCAUGGAGGAUCAUAAAUAUUUUACAUUCAUCAACGCACAACUUAACUUGACAAUAUAUUACGUUUUAAGUUUCAAAAGUGAAAAUGGUUGAAUAUUUCAUCUUACCUUCGGGACAAGUGAAAUCAAACUAUUGUGUUACCAAUAAGUGCGUAUGUGUGUGCGCGCGCGUCCACAAUUACCUGUGUAACUGUGCGUGUUAUUGUUUUACAUAUGUGUUUAAUCAUUUCGGUGUUAAUUUCAUCGAUCAGACUAAGUGGAUACUUUUUAUUAUUAUUAUUAUUAUUAUUAUUAUUUAUGGUUGGUCACGCAUUUAUCAAUAUAUAAAUUUUCAAAUUUAUUUUUAUUCGAGACUCUCAUUGUUUAUUCAGUUUGUUCUUCUAUUAUCUUCUUUGGAUAUCAUUGAUUCUCUUCGAACGCCUAAGUGCAGCAACCCUAAAGGCCAACAAGUAUUUCGUUUUGCAGACUAUUGUGAGAUUAUCCAAGGAUCUUUUCGAUCGCGAAUACGCGCUGUGCGAGAGACCUAAUUUCGUUUACUCUUUGGAGAGUGGUACGCUCGAAGAGAGCGUGAACUAUACGAAACGGUACGAGAUCUGACGAGAGGGAACUGUGCAAGGAAAAUAAAAAGAAGAAGAAGAAAGGGAAAUAUUACAAACAUACAUACACAACAACAACACCACCACAACCACCACCACCACAAACAAACGCGCUAGUGCACGGCCAAUAUAUAUUUUCAAAACCAAUAAGAAGAACAAUGAUGAUGAUGAUGAUGCAUCGCGAACAAAAAGGUCAAACAUCCUCGAGAAAGCAAUCAUCCUUGUCGUCAUUGGGCGACCAUUCAACGAUGUACAACAGGACGACGACGACCAGUUACGAACUUGCUUCUCUUUCGAAUUCAUCCUCAUCCUUAUCGUCGUUGCCUUCGUCUUCGUCGUUUUAUCCAACUUCGUCUUCGUCCUCAUCAUCAAAGACGAACUGUCCAAGUCUCUUAACUGUCUUAGCAUGGACGGCUACGUUACUACUUGUAUCAUCUUGUCUUGGUAUUGCCGAUGCUGGUGUCCUCAUGAGUCAUCCCUUAGGUAAACGCUCUUACCUUGAUCUCUCUUGCAAGGGCGUUUAUGAUAAGAGCAUCUUCGCUCGUUUGGAUCGCAUCUGCGAAGACUGCUAUAAUCUUUUCCGAGAACCCCAACUUCAUGUCUUAUGCAGAAAAAAUUGCUUCACCACUGACUACUUCAAGGGAUGCUUAGAAGUAUUAUUGCUGACGGACGAGACGGAGAAGAUCCAAAUGUGGAUCAAGCAACUCCAUGGGGCCGAUCCCGGGGUUUAGGCAAGACUGCUUCAGCACUCAAUACUUCAUGAGCUGCAUCCAAGCGUUGCUACUUGAGGACGAGAAGGAGAAGUUCCAAGGGAUGG